AUGGCGGAUGAGACACGGGUUGUCUCUGUCCAACGCCUUAACCAAGGCCCCGGGGCCCGGUCCCUGGCAGAUUGGUGGGCCGACGAGCGCAAGAGUCAAACACCUGAAUCUAAGGCUAUCGAAGAAGCCGCAAAUCUCCUUCGCACAAAUGAUACCCCCGUCGCCUUCCCCACAGAAACGGUUUACGGCUUGGGUGCCGAUGCCACACGCAGUGGUGCCGUCCAGGGCAUCUAUCGCGCGAAGCAACGGCCCUCAGACAACCCGCUGAUCGUUCAUGUCGACUCUCUUGAUAUGCUUGAUCGACUGUUGAAUCCCUCCCAAGGCAGCCCUAGUUCAACCAAGACACCGCGAAACUCCCUUCCUCCGAUUUAUACGCCUCUUAUCGAGCGCUUUUGGCCAGGCCCGCUAACCAUCAUCCUACCGAACCCGUCUGGCUCGGACCUAGCUCCGGAGGUCACUUCGAACCUGACGACCUUUGGUGCUCGCAUGCCCUCCUCUCCACUCGCUCGUCUACUCAUCCAUGCUACUGAUCGCCCACUCGCUGCGCCGUCUGCAAAUGCCUCUACGAAGCCCUCUCCAACCACGGCACAACACGUCCACCACGACCUGAAAGGACGAAUUGACCUUAUUCUCGACGGUGGUCCGUCCGGUGUUGGUGUUGAAAGUACCGUUGUGGACGGUCUAUGCGACCCACCGGCAGUCUUGCGGCCAGGCGGUAUUGGCAUUGAGGAAUUGCGCGAGGUUCCCGGCUGGGAGAACGUCACAGUAGGCUACCGCGACGGAACCUUAGAUGUGAAGGAGAUCCCCCGGGCCCCGGGCAUGAAAUAUCGACACUACUCACCGAAAGCGCGAGUCGUAUUAUUUAAAGCCGGCUCCGAUUUGGCUUGCGUGACACGCCAUGUUCAACAUGACCUGAAAGAUACAGCCAUUGGUGCCCACAACAUCGGCAUUGUGCGAACGCGGGAGUGGACGCAGGGCUUAGGCCUUGCCCCGGAUGAUGUGAUGGCCAGUACCAUCAAGCCUAUCUCCGCCGCGAUCAAUGAUCUGGUCAGCUUCCCUAUUCCUGUUCAGCCGACUGGCAGCUCGAAUAGCAUGACCAAAGUGGCAUACGACUACCAUCUGGGCUCGGAUACGGGAUCUAUUGCGCAUGGGCUUUUCGCAGCGCUACGGGCACUCGAUGAGCUUGACGUGGAUGUGAUUUACGUGGAGGGAAUCUCCGACAGCGACGGCGACCUGGCGGCGGCGGUGAUGAACCGACUCCGGAAGGCGGCUGGUACGGAGAUGAAGGUGUAG